CCCCUCCCCAAAAAGCACGGCAACGACGGACAGCGCACCAUGGACGUCCUUGCGCAGAUAUUUCCAGACAUCCCAGAGGGGAUACUUGCUGAAGUGCUUCACAAUUGCGGUGGCUGUGUGGAAGCGGCGUCGGACUGGUUAUGCGAACACGAUUGGCACGAGCUCGUGCCUGACAACGACGACGAUGAAACAAACCAACAAGAGGAUGGUGAAGGGCUCCAACAUGGCGAUAACUCCUAUACAAACGCGAAUCUACUGACUAUCUCAACGCCUGUCGCACUGGAAGCCCCACCCGCCGCCUCCGCCAUGCCUCCCCUUGGACCUUUCGACAACCCUUCCGAUGAUGAAGGCGACGAAGAUGACGAGGACGAAGACGACGAAGAUGAUGAAGACGACGACAACAUGUACUACGACUCGGGGGACGACGGAGAUGGCGGCAGACUUGGUGGAGGUCCUCGCGUCCCGCCGUUGACGUCUCGGACAAAGAUUUCUCCCAGCAGUGACGCCGCCGGCAUCAGUAGUCCCGGCAACGAACCGCGUUUCUGGGUGGCGUUCGACGACGUGACCAUGCAAAAAUCCAUGAUCGGUACCUGUCCUUUCCGAUAUUGUACAUAUGUACCAGCGAGCGUUGUUGGUGUCAACGUGAGGAGGGUCAUUGUAGAGCUAUUAAACAUGUCGCCCACGAAGCUCGCCCACCACCGCAUUGCGAUCCUGAGCACUCCAUCUCUUGACAAGGCCAGCGCCGACGCCAUCCUACUACGCGUCCCAUCGUCCCCCCCGCAGCAGCUGCACAUGUCCACAACUCUGUCCAAAGGAACUAGCGUCAAGCGCUCCCAUGCCACCAUGCAAGGCGGCGACGCGCUUGGCUACUUUGCCCACUUUUUUGCAGUGAACGACCUGGACAUGCUGUGGCGGUCCAUCCUCCACGGCCAUUUGCUGAAUCGUCGGUUUGGCACGCUGUUGGACUUUCGCUCCACGAGGUCGUUGUGGUCAUUAUGUAUGAGUUGGGGCUUGCUUGACUAUGCAGAAUACAUAUUGUAGUGUCACGAAAGCGCGAGACUUUGACGAGCUCAUGAACAUCGCGGCACAUGGGGGCCGCCGCCAUCCUCCGUCGAUGAUGCGCCGCCAGCACUUGGACCGUGUCGCAGACUUGACGUGCGGUCUCGCGACGCCGUGCACCGCCGCCGACAUGCUGCGCGUAGGCACAAACCUCCAUGGCGUGCUGUCGUUGGCGACCGGAAGCAGUCUGUACUUUCGGGCGGCGGCGUCGAUCCCGCCUCCCUUUGUGGCUUCGGGGAUGGGGCUCAUGGAAGUAUCGUUUCGCGCUGGCGCCACGCAUCGUAUCCGUCGGCUCGAGAGUGCACCACCAGAGACAGGUCCUAGUGCUGGGCUGGGGUACCAACCCCCCAAGAAGAUUGAGUACAUUUUGCAAUCCCUGGACGAUCUGUCUGGGGACGAAAACGGAAAUGAUGAUCACGCGUGACCUCGACAUGUAUUAUAAAACAGGUUUAUACCUAAAAAUUGAAUUCGAAAGGUAAUUGGCCACUAUUUAGGGUAUUUACAAUUGGGCAUUGAUUCGGUUAACGGCUAUUUUUCCGAGUUGGUCCGG